AUGGCCACGGCCUCUACUCCCAGGCCAGAAGAGGAGGCCUCGCUCACCUCUCCCACCUCCUUGUCACCCCCUGGCAGCACCCACACGGGCCCUGGAAGCGGGCCAGGCUUAGGUCAUCCCCGGCAGAGCUCCAGGACGCUCGGCAGCACCAGGAACGAUUUGAUCCGGGUGCCGGGGCCGGCCCAUGACCUCACCAGGCUGUCGGCUGUUUGGGAAAAUAACGGCUUUCACAUGGCAACAGCCCCGUCCUCGACACGGGCUCCAGGCAGGCAGGACCCACGCACGGGGGCCCUGGGGAAGCGCAUUCCAGGAGUCUUUUCACCCCCCAAAGACAAGCACAAGUGCCCCCCUGGGGCCACUGCUUCCAGCCGGAGGGGGCCGGCACCCGGAGGAGAGCUGGCACUUCCGCGAGGGGCCAGGGGCCGGGCCUUCGGCUCCCCUCACACUGUCCAGCCCGGCGCCUGCACCGACCCGCCCCGCGCGCCGCCCCGGAACGCGCUGCCCGCGGGCCCCGCCGCCCGCCCGCCGGAGCCCAGCGCCCAGCGAGCGCGCGUCGACCCCCGGGACGCCUGGAUGCUCUUCGUCAGGCAGAGCAACAAGGGCGCCAAUGGCAAGACGGCGGGCAGAGGCAGGGCCAAGAAGCUCAAGCUUGGCCUGCCAGGGCCCCCAGGGCCCCCCGGGCCCGGGCCCCCGGGCCCCAUCAUCCCCAUGGAGGUCCUGCUGAAGGAGUUCAAGCUGCUGCUGCAAGGCGCGGUGCGGCAGCGCGAGCGCGCCCCGGGCCCGGCCGCCGCCCGGGAGGCCCUCGAGGCGGGGCGCGGGCCGGCGCUGCUGGCCCCCCCGGCCCCCGGCCCCCGGCCCCCGGGCCCGCGGCGCGUCGAGGCCGCCUUCCUCUGCCGCCUGCGCCGGGACGCGUCGGUGGAGCGGCGCGCGCUGCACGAGCUGGGCGCCUUCUACCUGCCCGACGCCCAGGGCGCCUUCCGCCGCGGCCCGGGCCUGGACCUGACCAGCGGCCGCUACUCGGCGCCCGUCGCGGGCUUCUACGCGCUCGCCGCCUCGCUGCACGUGGAGCUCGGGGAGCCGCCCCGCCGCCGGGGCCCCGCGCGCCCCCGGGACCGCCUGCGCCUGCUCAUCUGCAUCCAGUCCCGCUGCCGGAGCCACGCUGCUCUGGAGGCGGCCGUGGGCCUGGAGAGCAGCGGCGAGCUCUUCACCCUCUCGGCCAGCGGCGUCCUGUACCUGCAGACCGGCCAGUACGCCUCCAUCUUCCUGGACAACGCCAGCGGCUCCUCGCUCACCGUGCGCGGCGGCUCCCACUUCAGCGCCGUCCUCCUGGGCGUGUGAGUGGCCACCAGGCCUUGGUCUCGCUGCCGGGGAAGCGAGCUCCGGGCAGCACUGGAGGGACAGGCCACAUGCAGGAAGAAGCCAGUGGAGCUGCCCAACCUGGCCACCACGGGCAGCCCCACAGCCAGAAGCGGCUUCAGGACGCCAACCCUGGGGGCACCUGCUGGACGUUGUCGGGGAGGCUGCCUAGUGGGGGGCGGUAGGGCCCUUGCCAAGUCAGGCCUCCAGGCCCCACUGGGCUGCUUACCUGGCCGGCCUCAGCUGCUCUCUGCUCUCUGGGGCCCAGCCUAGUGUUCCUGUGACUGACCACUGGGGCGCCAGCCCACUGGGCGGGGGGAACAUCCCACUGAGGGCCCAGUGCAUGGGGGAGGGGCACCCCGAGGGGGCUGAGCCUCAAGGCCAGGCGGGCUUGAUAGAGCGAAGCUGCCACGGCCCACGUCCUGCCUGCUCCUCCUCCAGCUAUGCCUCGGGCCGGCCCAAGGACAGCGGGGGAACCUAGGCCGGCUUCCAGGAGCCUCCCGAGUGUUGAUGCUCAAGUUCAUCCGCAGUUCCGGGUGGGGGUGCUCUCUGUGGCACCGGCCCUUCCCCCCCCCACCCCAGGGCCCACCCGUCAGAUGGAAGACCUAGAACAUCCCUGCAGCGCACAGGCAGCCGGCCCUGCCCACCCAUCUGCACAGAUGGUCAGGGGCGCCCCACGACAGGCCAGCUCCUGACGCCCACCCCUGCCCGGCGGCCCCGCCAGCCCUGGGCUCUCCAGAGCCUCUUCUCCUGGGGGAUGGCGGCCCCCAGCUUGGCCGGUGCAGAGCAGGAGCUGGUCUCGGGAGGGCAGGGGCCCCCGGGAGCUGGGGUGUCAGCCUGCACACACGUCUCCGGGGGACAGGUCUACCCCAGAGCAGUGGUCCCUCUAGCAGGGAUUUCGCCCGACCCCCACGCCACACGCAGGGCAGCCCCCCCUGCUUCAGGAAGCGGCCCUCGCCCCACAGGCAGGUCAGCACCUCCCUCCAGGCGGCCCCUCGUGCCCUGGCCAGGUCCGGCGCCCAUUCUCAGUAGGCCUGGCCCCCCCCCGGCGGGAAGUGUGGGCUGGCUGCGCCCUGCCUGCCCGGGCUCCCGAUGAGGGUGGGCCUGGGGAGCGCCCUGUGUAUCUGGGGGGCCGAGGUGCCUCACGGAAGUUAUCUUUUACCCUGGAACAGCCGCAGACCUCCCAUUCCCCCGUCCUAAGUAUUAUGUAGCGGUUGCGACAUAUUUAUUGUACCUGGCCGGGCGGGAUGUAGUUAUGUGACGGGGAGAAUCGCGCGCGGUGACUGUACAAGUUGUGACAAUAAAAAGGGCAGAGCUGGGAAACUCCUAACCACUGGGCCGGGCUCAGGACGGUGUGAAGGAGAGGUGGGGUGGGGUGGCGGCCAGCCCCUGGGGACCUCAGACCCCAUGACUCAGAUGGGGGCUCCCAGGGACGCUGCCCCCCGAGCCAAGGCCGCCCGCUCUGGGACAGUGGCACUGGGGGACUCGGGGGGUGUCACAGACCAAGGCCUGGCUUGCUGGAGGAAGCUGUCCGCGGGCUCGGCUGUCCUGGCCUCCGCCUCUGCGGCGCUGCGUGCUUUUCUCAGAGGUGCCUCCCUGUGCAGUCAGACCCCAGAAACAGAAGCAGCUCUGCUGGGGGGCUGGCGUGUGGGACAGCCCCUCCCAGGGACCGCUGAGGGGCCAGCCCGCUAGCCGAGGUGACAGGCGCUAAGACCCUGGGCAGGUCCAGCAAACACCCAAGCAGCUUCUUCAAGGCAAAUUUCUAGACUCUUACAUCAUCGCAGGACAUCACACAGCCAGGAGCUGCUUCCCCAAGACUAGCUGGCGAGGUGGGGAGCACCAUCUCCCAGGAGCCUGGGGGCACUUUCAGGGGUGCUGUGGGGAGCUGGCCUGCUUUUCUCCCUCGAACAGAAAAGCGCCUGCUCCAUGCAGCCCUUCACGCACAGCCCCAGUGCGAGCCGGCCCGGAGGCCAUGCUGAACAGCAGCCCAGCUGCUCCCACGGUCUCACGUGACACCCGGGAGCCAGGGCUGAAACCCAGAACCGUGGUUCUCCCCACAGCCUCGGCCACUUGCACCCCGGGUGCGUGGAAUCAGAACGCGAGGUCCAGCUGUUCUGAGGGUGGGCCAGACGCACAGCGCUAGAGGCACAGUGUGUCCAGUGGCACCUGCAGGGGACCACGUGCCGGUCGGUGGCUCGUUACACAACCACAGGGCCAGGCCCUUCUGGGAGGGAAGGACACCAGAGCGCAGCCGUCGGCUCCGGCCCGGCCCAUCUGGCUGCGCAGGUCCCCGCAGGGCAGCAGCGGUGCGUGCGCUCCAGAGGGCGACACUGCAGGCCACGCGCAGGCUGCACUCCCAAGCCAGGCCUCUAACCAGGACGGGCUCUGCACAGCCCCCGCAAACACGGCCUCUGCAGGCCAAGAGAGGCGCUAAGUGCAGUAAGGCAAAAGGACUAGAAAAAAGAAAACCCUUUAUUUACACCGGAGCCCAGGGCGCGCAGAGCGGACGUGCUGGGCACUCACUCCUGCGCCGGCUCCGCCCCUCAGCGCCCGACCCGCACCAGCAUCACCGUGACGUUGUCGGCGGAGCCCCGCUGCACCGCCUUGCUGGCCAGCCUGUUGCAGGCAGCCUCGUAGCGGGCAUCGAUGGCCGGUUUCCCCUCCCGGCUCUGGAUCUUCUCGUCCUGGAGGGCAGGACAGUGCGGUGAGCAGGCACGCAGCCCCAGCCCGCCUGCCCCGCAACAGUCCCCAGGUCUAUGCCAUGGGCCCAGGGAGGCCGGGAACCUGGCACGGCCCCGGCCUGCGGGCACCUGCUCAACCUGGCAGUGCCCGGGAGUGCACACAGGCCUGGCUCUCGGACCCAAGAGGCCCCGGCAAGUGGCCUGGCCUGGCCAGCACCUGGGGGGCACAGGGGCUGCCCACCCACACCCCCGGGCACAAGGGAAGGUGGCAGGACUGCCUCGUUGAGACCCAGGCGAGCUGGAACGGGCAUCCCCGGCAGCCGUCUCACCUCCAGGCAGGAGAGGAUGAAGUUCACAGCUUCUUCUGGGGUGAAGACCUUGAAGAGCCCAUCACAGGCCAGCAAGAUGAACCUGCAGUGUGGGGCCAGAACACAAGCGGCUCAGCGGCGGACCCGGCCGAACGGCCUGAUGGGACACACCUGUGCAUGUGCGAGGCUGACCCACAGGGCGCAGCAGACUCUGUGCCCCGCUGCCCCCUCAGCAGUGGAUUUCAGCGGAUCUGCCUGUUCUGCUCCCCACUGUGCUCUGGGGAGUCCUCUCACCCCGCACCUCUGGCCUGCACCCCAGCUCUUGUAGCAUAAAUAAAUAAAUCUUAAAAAAGAAAAAACAAAACCCUCCGCGAUGGUCUGACCUAAGGGGACCUCAGCGUCCUGUGCACCGAGCAGCAGACUCAGGCCCUCGUCUGCCCCGCCUGAACAGAGCCCGGCGCCCCCUCUGCCAGAAGCCCCCCCUGCUCAUCAGGGUCGCCUCCCUGGCCAUCCCCACGCACAGCAGCGGGUGGAAGCCCCCACCCCCUGCGCUCCCCGACCAGGCCGAAAACAACACCGCCCCCCAACACCACCGAGACCAGCUGUCCCCGCCCUCAGGCCGGCUUCGCGGGAGACAGGCCCGGACCACAGGUGGCGAUUACCUGUCGUUGGGGGUCAGCUGGCAGCGCCUGAUGUCUGGCACGGAGGUGACCCCGCAGCGCUUGUACUGCCCGUCCCCGAUGGAGCGGGACACCUCCAGCACUCCCAAGACUCGCCCGUCCCUGAAAUGAGGGGGACACGCAGACGUCACCGCAGAGACCCCUGCAGGGCCGCGGGCUCGGGGCUAAAGCAGAGAACGGGGCAGAGAACGAUGCAACUAGGGCCACGAUCCACAGCUGGAGGCACAGGGGUUUGGCCUGGGCUGGGUCCAGCAGUGCAGGGAGCCAGUGCUCCGCACAGCACCGCACCUGCCUGCCGUUUCCAGGUGCGGGCAACACCCCGGGGUGGGGGCGACGGCAGGCUCAGCUGGGGUGCCAGUGCCGGGCUUCGAGGACCCAGAACACCCUGGUGUGACCUCGGGCAGCCUCGUUCACAAUGAGCCUCAGCCCCUGCUGGGGAAGCUGGGAGCGCCCACCGGCAGGUGUGUUUGGCAACCCCAGAACUGCACGGGUGGCUACACGUGGCAGGAAGUCCUUGCUGGGGCACCGGCGUGCAGCCAGAAGCAGCCCGGCCUCCCCGCAGACAGCCGUGCCGCCGCAUGGUGUGUUAUGGAGACCACAGCAGAGCAGCCAACACGCAGAGCCGAAGGUGGCUGGAGGGCCCCUGCGCCCCAGAGCGCCCUGCACAGGCAGCUUAGGGCUGCCCCGCCCCACACCCGCUGGUUCUGGGGAGCCUCUGGCCUCUGCUCGGCAGGUCUAUGCCGUGGGCCCAGGGAGGCCGGGAACCUGGCACGGCCCCCAGCCUGAGAGCACCCGCUCAACUUGGCAGUGCCUGGGAGUGCACACGGGCCUGGCUCUCGGACCCAGGAGGCCCCGGCGAGUGG